AGAGUGAGUCUCAGUUUGUGCGUGACGUCACACAACCUGCAUCUCAGUGUUGUGAUAUGGCGAUCUCGCAUAAAGCCCAUCAGAUAAUGGCAAAAUCAAUGGUCUAUCAAGACAAUGCAGUGUAGAAAAGAUGCUGGGAGGAUGAAAAAGAAAACCGGAGAACUUUAGAGACCUGAAUUCAAUUUAACAUCAAGUUUUACAUCAGAAGUUGAGCAUUAUGGAGCUUGCUAAUGACCCACUCUGUGAACCAUCUGAAACAAAUCUGCACAAUGAGCACCUUUCACUUUCAGACAGCCUGUCUCCUUUGGAAGCACCGUCAGAUAGUAUUGUACAUGGAAUAGAGGCUACAGAGGGUACAGAAAGAAACAGUGGCCUUGAGUUGAAGCUGGACCUAUAUGUCCCAGCACCACCAAUAAUAGAGCCUAUAACCCCUGUAGAGGAAACAGUUGAGCUUUGUGCACUUCCUGUAGUAACAGAAGAGGACAGCACACAACCUGAAGCUGCUAAAGAGGGAACAGAUGAAACUGACAACGUUGGAGGCUCUCAUAGCGAAAAUCAGUCAAGUCUGGCUGAGUCGAGUUCGGAUACUGUGACAGAAGUGGAAUGUGAGCAUGCAUCCAAUGAAACAAGCUCAUCAGACUUGACAGCUGCAAGUGGUGUGCCUGUAGAGCCCAUAAGCUCUAAUGAAACACAAAAAAGUUGUGCCAAUAUUAAAUCAUCAACUGGAAGUACAGUAUAUAAUGCAGCAAGAAAGAACAUCCCUCCAAAGAAAGACAAAUUUAACCCUUUGAAACUUGACAUGGCCAAAGUAAUACCCCUCACCUCAUCCCAGCUCUCACUACAGUGCCUAGAAUGUCACAUCAUCUUCAGUGACUCCAAAAGCAAAGAACGGCACCUUAAACUGAGCCACCCUGCAGAGUAUCAGCAGUGCAUUCUGGGAGAUGCACUCUUUACUUGCUAUGUUUGUGAUCAGCAUUUCACUUCUUCCACAGAACUCAUGGCCCAUCAACGUACACACACAGGUAAUGAGCGGUUCAAGUGCCCAUUCUGUAGUGAGGCCUUCUACCAAUCCUGUGAGCUAACAAGUCACAAGAAAAAAAUUCACUUCAGCAAACAUGGAUACACCUGCUCUGAGUGUGGCAAGCCUUUUAAAACUUUUACUUUGCUCAGAUACCACCAACGGGUACACACAGCAGAAAAGCCUUUUGUUUGCAUGCACAAACAGUGUGGUAGAAAGUUUUCUGCAUCCAAGUCUCUUCAGCACCACUUAGAAAAACAUCAGAAAGAAGAUAAUCAGGAUGACCAGACAAAUGCUUCAACCACCACAAAGAAAAAAAGAGAUAAAGGAAAAAAUGAGCGUAAAUUCCCAUGCUCACAGUGUGCUGCAGUCUUCAAGACUUCUAAAGCACAGCUUCUUCACAUCAAAAAGAAACACUCUCAAGAGUCGCAAAGUAGCACUGUGUUAGUGCCACAACUUAAGCCACUUGGACCUGCUCUUACACAGACCGCAAAUGGACAACCACAGACUCUGAUCAUGGAAACUGUCGGACCAGCACCACAGCAAAUGGAUAAGCUGGAUCCUGAGCAAAUUAAAAGGCUAAUUGAAAAACUUGGAAAUGUACAGAGAGUGAAUCAGUUGGUUAUAUUGCCUUUGCAGCCACAAAACUUUGGGUCACCCCAUUCACAGCCAUUAAUGCAACCAUUGCAUGUGAAUUUUACUGAGUCAAUUAUUCAGCCAACACAGUGUAAGAAAUCUGAUGCAGACUCAUCAAAAACAGAGCAAAUUAACCUUCAGUUGUCAGCAGAAAUUGGAGAUUUGCAACAAAAGGAAACUCUUCUAUCACAAGAAGAAGAAAAAAUUUCAUCAGAGAACUCAGAGCCCCAAGAAACAGCUGUUGAACUGACACAAACAGAGGUCCAAAUGCAGAUGGAUGAAAUUCAUCUUGAACUUAUACCAAUACAUACUGAAAUGUCAGUUUUGCUGGAUCAAACACCUUUGCAGGUUGAAGUACCACAGAAUGAUUCUGUUAAUGAGAUUGCACAAAUAGCAGAGGAACUUAUUCCAGUCACACAAGGCAUUGUGGCUUUGGAGACUAAUAAUGAACCAUCCUUAAUUGCUCAACUGGAAACUGCAAAGUCUCACCACGUGGAGGAGGAAAGUGUACCAGUUGACACAGUAGUAUUAGAGGAAACAGUUACCAAUGUAGAGACACCUUGUCCUACACAAAUGCUAGAUUCAACAGAAUUGUCAGUGGAAUCUGAGUCACUGGUGGUAAGUGAACAGGGUGAUGUAGGCAAAUUAAGUGAACCUCAAGAACUUAAGGAGAUCCAAGCUCAAAAGAACCAAGCUGAGUCAGAGAAGGAACCAUCCAUGCCAGUAGAACCACAAUCUCAGCCUGAUUCUCUCAGCACUAUGCAGAAUGACACUGUAAUUGACCUUCAACAAAGCUCUGUGCUAACACCAGACCAGACUAGUUUACAUGAUUGCCCUUUUGUUCAGAAGAAACUUCCAACAAAGAAAAAAAGACCUAAGAAACAAUUGGCUGACAAAAUAGAGACUAAUGAGACAAGUGAAGUAUGUGGUGGUAAGGUAGCAACAAACAAGAAAGUUAAUACUUCAAAAAGUACAUCAAAAGUAAUUACUAAAAAAAGAGAAAAGGUGAAGAACAAAAAGCUUGUUGUCAGAUUUGGACCAGCUGAGAAGAAAAAAACCUCUACACCGAAGGCAAUAAAAACAUCAAAAACCAAACAAAACCAGAGCCAGCAAAUUAGCAGUCAAGACCAAGUUCCUAUUUUGUCUCAACAUGAAAAUAAAUUGGAUUUUAACCAAAAAUUGCAAAAAGAUAAAAAAGGAAAGGGGGUUGAAAGUCCUUUAGAAGCAGCAGUGAAGACAACGGGCCAAAUUACUAAUUCAUCAGACACUGUUUUGGUGGAAACAGAAGCAAGGCAACAAGUGAAACCCAAAAAGAGAAAAAUGAAGAAUCAAAACAACUUGGAUAAGAAGUCAAACUCUAUCCAGGAGGCUCACCAAGAUGAAACCCUGGUACCUGUACAAAAGAAAAAGAAGCAAGGAAAAACAUCUGAAGAUGAAUAUCUCAAGAAACCUAAGGUUAGGAAAACCCAGAAUGAUGGUUUAAAGAAGAAUACCCACAAACUACCAAAGCGUAAAAUAAAACAGGCAAAAUCUAGACCUGAUGUACCAGAUCCGGCUCACAUAGAGAAACAAGCAUUGCUCUUAUUAAAAGGUCACAAGCAGCCUCAGCUGAAGGUACACAAGUUGGAUGCUACUGAACUCGAGAAGUCACCCCCAAGCAAGUGUGAUAACAAGGUGCUGAAAAAAACAAAAACUGCACAGAGCAAAUCCUUGAAUGCAGCACACCGAAAGAAAACAAAAUCAGAGUGUCAGGUAGAGCCCCUUUCAUUUGAAAUGCCCACUGUUGAGAACAGCCCUGGUUCUGUGGCUACAAAGCCCAAAAUUGUACGGAAACGCAAAACUCCUACAAAGAUAGACCAGGAAAUUGCAUUGAGCCCUCCAUAUUCUCAACUUACUCUCGGGUGCCAGGACUGUGGAAAGACAUUCUCAGAAGUGUCUGCUUUACAGGAACAUAUGGCAUCCUGGCACUCAGCUGGAAAGUCAUCCUUCCCAGAUGAGACAAUUGAUGUUGCUAAAAAACGAGUCAUAAGACCUGGUCCUAUUGAAAAAUUUAUUCCACCUAAUGUCUUUGAAAUUCAGGUUGCAACAGAUUGGGACAUGGAGACUGAGGUGGGGGAGAUUGUCGGAGAAAGACUAUCAUUCCCAGCGUUAAGUCAAUCUCCUUCUUUGACUCUUGCUUCUGGUGGUGUUGAAGGAAAGGAACAAGAAGGAGACAAAGAUGUUGAAGGAAUUGUUUCUGACCUUGAGCAGCCUCCUGAGCAAAAUCCUUUAGAGACUUGCAAGAUCCCUUCACAGGCCUCAACCCCAACCUUAAGCAAAAGCAUCAUGCCCCAGGAGCGCACAGAAAAUUCUAGUGAGAGUGUGUCAGAAAAAGAACAGUGCCAUGAGGUCGGGUCCAUCACAGAAACUUCUUGCGCUGAACUCAAAGAUGCAGCAGAGGAAGAAAUUAAAGAAGAACUGCCCUUAGAGUUGAAUUUAGUCAUGGUUGGAGAACAAAUUGCAGAUAACAACCAUAACACUCAGAUAGGUAACAUUUCGGGUGUCUCUCAAGAGCAUAAGAGUGAAGUGAGCAAUUCAUGUUCUCAGUCUCAAGAGACUGCAAAAGAUGCCAGUGUAGCAUUGACUCAAAAUGUUCUUACUGAGCCAGAGAUAAAGCAAGAAGAAGAGGAGGUACUUGUUCGUCGAGUUGAUGAUAAUAAAAGAGUGAUGGGAGAAAAUUCUGUGACAAAAGGUAAGAAAGGAGUUGGAAGAAGCCGGGGCAAGAAACCGCUUGGAAGAAAGACUAGCACAGAAAACAGAAGUACGAAGGACAUGGAAGGAAAUAAGGAUCCACAAGAAUGCCAAGUUCUCUAUCAUUUGUGUGUACUUGAUACUCUGGAGGAAAAGAACAAAGAAAAGGACAUGAAUGAAGUUAAUGCCUCUGAAACUGGUCAACCAUCGUCUUCCGAGGAGGCUCCUGAGGAACAGGUCGUUUUUGAGUUGGACUCUGUUACCACAAGUGUAAUGGAUAUCGUAAACUCUGAAGACGGUUCAUUUGAAGAAUCUAGAGAGCUGGUUCGAGACGGCAGCUCACCUGGAAUCAUACUGGAAAAAUUCUUGACUGCUCGUGAGAGAAAUAUGGAAAAUCCAAACACUCGUAGUCGGACUAGGGCAAACACAUCAUCUGAUGUGAAGAUAGAAGAACGUUCUUCAAAUCUGGCUCUUCAUAGUCUGAUUUCUUCUGAGAGUGGUGCGAUGCGUGGAGUACAAAUGUUUUUUGUCAAAGCUGAAGACCACUUGACUACAACUGAGAUGUUUCAGGCACUUCAGCCCAUCCAUCACCGUGUUGCAUGUCAAGACAAGAACAGAGAUGGCACAUCUUCAGACUCUCAUGUAGUACCACUGCAGUCCUACAGCAAGCAAUGUAUAUUUUAUCCUGUUAAGGAGGAAGAGAAGGAGCAUUUAGUGGAGCCUCCUCAAGCGGAUCAGAUGUGCUUGAAUUCAGGGGAAUUUACAGGGGCUUCAUCUGGAAUUGAAGAAUGUGAUGAAGUCAGGGUAGGUUCAGUUCAAAUGGACGUUCAGCAUCUAUACACAACAUCUGAAGAGGGUGAUGUUAAUUCUGAACAGCAGAGAACUCAAGGCUUUUUAGAAUUCCUUUCGGAGAAUUCAGACACGGAUGAUGCCGAUAAUGUCCACUCUGAACCAGAAGCUGAAACUAUUGUGAUGUCCUGUUACCAUGGAAUACAGAGUAAUGGUACAGUACAUCAAAAUGGCAGAGAGAGAUGUGAUUCAAGUGAGAAAACAAAUGUGGCUGGCUCCCUAACAAGGCACACAAAAACAGAGAGGCAGCUCAACGGGAAGCCUUUUAACUACUUUAAUCAAUAUUUUAGUUUGGACACGUGGAAAGAAAUUGCUGUUUGCACAAGGGGGAUAUCAAAACUGCCAAACCUUGUUACAGAAAAAGAGGUUGCACAGUAUGUGGGAAUCCACAUUGCAAUGGGAACUCUAAAGUUUCCAAGCACAAAGCUCUACUGGGACGACUGCACACGAGUACCUCUGAUCUCCGAUGCCAUGUCGGCUUCAAGGUUUUGUGAGCUCACUCGUAAAGUGAAGCUGGCCAGUUCUGGUGGAGCUUCUGAUCAGCAUUCUGAAGAAAGGAACAGAAACCAGCCGGGACAGAGUAAUGAAGCUGACAGUAACAAAGAGGCACAUAACUGCACAAACUUAAAGACAGAUCCUUUGUGGAAGGUAAAAUCAUUGAUCAGAAGAGUUCAAGACGGUUGUCGGGGACUGAAGCGACAUGGAAACUAUGGGGUAGACCAAUACCCCCUUCCUUUUCAAAAACACCCAACCCAUUCUUUACUUCACACAGUUGUCAUAAAUGGUGGAGGGUUGGUUGUGGACUUCAACUUGAGUGUAGAUGACUCCAAUAGAGAAGAUGUAGUCGAGAAAAUGGUGUCUAGAGGUAAGGAGCGAAACGAAGGGAUGGUGUUUCUUUGCAAACCAGAGCUUUCUACACCUUCUAUGCUAGAGCAUCUUUUAGACGCUGGUGUGCAGAGCGCUGGCAAGGUCGGUGGGGCAAGAGGGCAAAUAGGUGACGAGUUUGUGAGCUCGGAUGGAAAACUCAAGCUUUUCAGGUGUCAUCAUGGAUUCAUCCUUUCAGCAGUGGUAAAGGAAAAACCUCGCUCAACAUCUCUUGUCAGCGGCUUCGAGAGAGCGAUUAAAGCGGCGAAUCUCAACCGUGACUUGAGAAGUCUUUAUCGCACACCCUGCACCAACUCCGCAGUCAGCGCCUGGCCGCAGUCUGUUCUCUGGGACUUGAUCGAUCUGGUUUUGGUAAAUGCAUGGAUACAGUAUAAGCAAGAUUGCAGUCAUAUUACAGAUCUGUUAUCACUUAUGGCAUUUCGUUUGGAGGUGGCCAAAGCAUUGAUUCUCUCCAGUGGUGUUGACUCACAAGACUCAUCACCUCCCUGCCCUCCUGCUCCAAACCUACAUGGUCCAGAUACAAACUCAAGACCUUCUCAGGUUCUUGAGACCCCUUUGCCUGAUGAGCAUACAAGGUAUGAUGGCUUUGGGCACUGGCCGGAGCAGCUGGCAGAGGGUGAGGAGGCCAGGAGGUGCCGUUUUGGAGGCUGUGAGAGAACAUCACGUGUGCGGUGUCUCAAAUGCUGUGUUUUCCUGUGCAUUUCUCGAAACCACAACUGCUUCUUGAAGUUUCACAGUCAGGGGUCUUCAUGAGGCGUACAGACUGUGCACAUUUUAACUUAAACUUUUACUCAUUUGCUUAAAUACAAUAGUUAAACAUUAAGUUAUUGCUCAUCAUGACUCGAAACAAACCCUGAGCCAUCCAUAUCUAUUCUAGUCUAGGUUUUGUAGUUGUGCAAAAAUGACUAAAUUAAGCCCACUUGGAUGUAUAAUGAAUGUUAUAUUGUGAUUGUUAUAUUUCCUUUUUAUGUUGCUACUGAAAUUGGAUUGUUUUUUUAAACCUAGCAAACAUUAGAACAUGUCCCAUGCAUUGUUUGCUUUCUACUUCCUAAAAGGAAAAGGUCUUUUUAGAAAGUGGUGUUUUUUUUUAUUUAAUAAUUCCUGACUUCCUGCUCAUUGUGCAUUGUAAAGGCUUCCUCAGUCUAUUUGUAUGAAAUAAAAGCUUUUACAUUCUA